CAAUGAUUGAGGAGGAGAGCCGCUUCAUCGGGCAAACCUCUUUUUCGACUGAUUAUAAUACAUAAACUUUUAAUCAAAAACACUCUCAAAAUCUAAUUAAUCCGAUGAAGCCAUGUUUUAUUUUACUUCAUAUUCUGGUUUAUAAUAAUGACAAUUUCCAAAUUUUAACUGUCAACGUAUUUCCAUUAUUUUUGAACUAUGAUUAUUUCCAGAUAAUUCAUAUAUUUUCAAAAAAUAACCAACUGACUCCUGUUCCUCUUUUGGGAUGUCUUAAUUCUUUGUCACCCCAAAUAGAGAUUCUCACAAUACUCUUUAAAAUGAAUAUUUUUAAUGUUUCUAGAUACACUCACAUUCGUUUUUACAGUCUUAGCCAUACUUGUAAAUCAAGUGGAACAAGAAAUAGUCAUAUAAAAACAUUAAAUUUCGAUUAAAAGAACUAAAAAUUUUAAUCAGCGCAUUUUUCAGUUUGA